AUGACCAAAUUGGAUCUCAUCAGGAAUGACGUGGGGGGGGCUUUACCAGACUGCCUCGGAGAACUAAGCAACCUAGAGGUAUUGAAUCUUCGUUACAACAACUUGAGAGGAGGGAUACCAACCUUUAUAGGAAACUUGAGCAAUUUACACGCCUUGGACCUCACGGGAAAUAGACUUCAAGUGGGCGUACCUAAUGUUCUCGGCCAUUUAAAGAAGCUGAGGAUCCUCAAUCUUAGCGGAAACCAAUUGGACAAAGGAAUACCUUCUAUUCUAGGUAACAUGUCUUCCCUUCAUCAAUUGCAUCUGCGACAAACCUCUCUAAUAGGAGAGAUGCCGAAGUUUCUUGGGAACAUAAGCGAGCUGGGUCUGUUAGAUAUCGGUUGGAACAACUUGGGAGGGAAGAUCCCUGAGUUCUUGGGGUGCCUAAAGAAGCUGGCCACAUUAAAGAUUAACAACAACAGAUUUAAGGGGAGGAUACCCACAUCUCUUGGGAAUAUGACAUCCCUUCGACAUUUGGAUAUGAGUGGAAAUCAGCUAGAAGGAGAAAUUCAUCCGACUGCAUUCUACAGUCUAUCUUCAUUGGAAGAAUUACGUCUUGAUGACAACAAUCUCAGGGAAAAUUUCUCGUUCCAAUAUCUUGCCAAAUGCUCUAGGCUUCGUGUCGUUUCACUCUCUGGAAAUUUUAUGUUGAGAGUUCAAAUGGAUUAUGGAGAGCCAGUCUCGAUCCUCCAAUUGUCGGAGCUGGCUCUUUCUGACUGCGAUCUAAGCAAGAAUCCAAACCUUGAUGAAUCGUUCUUCUUGCAGUCGCAGCGUUACUUGACUUACAUUGACCUUUCCAAUAGUGGCAUCUCAGGGUCACUUCCCACUUGGUUGUUUGAGAACAAUAUAAAUUUAGAGCAAGUGCAGUUCAGAAAUAGCUCAUUGGAAGGGGAAUUUCCUCUUCUGAAAACACCUUCGAGAUUGAUGAUCUUAGAUGUCGCUGAUAAUAAAAUUGGGGGAACAUUGCCGGAAAAUUUCAGUAUUAUAUUUCCUAGUCUAAAUAUCCUGAGUUUGAAAGCAAACAAGCUCAUUGGAAGCAUUCCUUCCUUACAAUUCGGAAAGAGAAUGAUGAACUACGUGGUAAUCCAUCUCUCAAAUAAUCAGUUCAGUGGUGAAAUUCCCCUAUUACCAAAUCAAUCAGACUUUGUAUUCUUCGAUAUUGAGAACAACAUGUUAUCUGGGGAAAUAAGAGGAAACCUACCCCGUAUCUCUUAUUUGGGCGGCAACAGCUUCACUAGCUUGUCUCACAGCUUGUCAAGCAUCCAAAAUAUUGAAAUAUUUGAUGUGCGUGAUAAUGAAUUGUCUGGUGAAGUUCCUGAGUUUAUAUUGGAUUCCCAGGAAUUAUCUACUCUUGUUCUAAGAGGCAACGAAUUUCAUGGUGAAAUUCCACAUGAUCUUUGCAAACUGGAGUCACUCACCGUGUUAGAUAUGUCGCACAAUACGUUCUCAGGGGCUAUUCCUCAGUGCUCACAAUUGAUGAAGUUAAAUCAUUUAAAUCUGGCGGUGAACAACCUGUCCGGGAAAGUGCACGACAAGUUUACCGAUUUUGCACAAGUUGAAUUUCUAAAUCUUGGAGGUAACUCAUAUACUGAUAAUCUGGACUGGACAAAAGGUUUACGACGCGUAAGAAUGCUCUUACUCGGUCGGAACAACUUUUAUGGUCAGAUACCAACCCAUCAAUGCAGAUUACGUUAUCUUCACUUGUUAGAUCUCUCUCAGAGUAGUCUUUCAGGAGUUAUUCCAGAAUGUUUAGAUAAUUCUGGUCUUGGUAGAAGAGUGGAGGGCAACCUCGAAAUUGACUUGGGAUCUAGUCUUCAGCAAAUACUUUAUCAGAAGCCUAUGACGCCUAUAGCAAUGGAAGAUGCAACAUUCAGGAUGAAGGGGAAUUUUCAUACUUUUAGAGGAUAUAACUUGUACUUAUUGGUCGGCAUGGAUUUAUCAUCAAAUCAUUUAGAAGGAGAAAUUCCACAAAAAAUUGGAAAUCUUAAAUCACUAAAGUCACUCAAUCUUUCCUACAAUCGCCUCACUGGCUUAAUCCCUAGGACAUUAUCCCUUCUAACGAGUAUUGAAAGCUUGGACUUAUCCCACAAUGAAUUAGAAGGCCCAAUACCAUCAGAGUUACAGGAACUCUCAAGCUUGGAAAUAUUUUCGGUUGCAUACAAUCGCUUGAAAGGUUGCACACCACCUUUGAAAGGACAGUUUCAUACAUUCGAUAACAGUUCUUAUGAAGGCAAUGCAGACUUACAUGGGGUUCCAAUAGAUGAUGCCUGCAAUUCGAAGAGUAGUGAUCUUCCACAAGAUGGAGAUGAUAACGAUGACAAGGCCAAAGGCAUCUUAUAUGGUCUUAUUGUGUCUUCAUUUGUGACCUUCUUUUUAGUAACAUUUUCCAUUUUACUAUUUAAUCGUUCAUAUGAUAGAAUUUUCUUAUGGUUUGUAACUCUUUCUUAUGGUUUGUAA